CGGUGGCGAAUCGCUGCGAAAUUAGAAGGAUUAUUUUAACUAUUUAAGGGGAUUUUCUGUCCUCACUGCGCCCAUCUUGCGCUUGCGCUUUUGUUCUUUGAAGCGUUCCUAAGAAGGAAGCAUCUGAUCCUUCUUCCCCGAACUAAUCCUUAUUAAUUUUCAAGCUUUUCCCGUAUUUCUCAAUCCUUCUUUGAAAAAAUCGAGCUUUUACUGGAAAAAACAGUGAUUUUUAUGUUGAGCGAUUCCGCUUUCUCCGGCUGCUGAAACUUUCGAACUCGGUCCAUUUCGAUCCGCCUGACUUUAGCGGUUACUGUAGUCACCUCUUUCUUCAUUCAUGGAAGUGAGAUCAGACCCCUCGUUCAAUGUCGCCCUCCUGAAAUCAAUGUCGUCUUCCCCAUUUACCGCAGUACAGAACACUCCCGUUGUGCUCGGUGAAUUGCCUGCUUCUCAGAGUUUCAAUGAGAAUACAGAGGAGAGUGUGAAGCGUAAGCGAGGCCGGCCGAGGAAGUACGGGCCUUCUGAUGGAACAAUGGGGAUAUUGACGCCGCCUCCAUUGCAUGUGGCUGGUUCUUCUUCCACGGUUCGGUUGGAGUCGAAGAAGAAGAAAGAUAAGCCUUUGGGUUCGGGGAAGAAGCAUCAGUUGAAAGCUUUGGGAUUAUCUGGGAUUGGAUUUACUCCUCAUGUCAUUACAGUUAAAACUGGAGAGGAUGUUUCAGCAAAGAUCAUGUCAUUCUCCAAUCACGGGCCUCGUGCACUUUGCAUUCUCUCAGCAAAUGGUGCCAUAUCCAACGUCACACUUCAACAGGCUGCGACUUCUGGUGGAACAGUUACGUAUGAGGGACGAUUUGAGAUCUUAUCGCUUUCGGGCUCGUUUUUGGUAUCUGAAAGUUCUGACCAGCGCAGCCGAACUGGAGGACUUAGUGUAUCGCUGGCUGGCCCUGAUGGCCAUGUAUUGGGUGGAGGAGUUGCAGGUCUUUUGAUUGCUGCAACCCCUGUACAGGUCUGCUUCUUUCCUUGCCAUCUUCAUAGUAUCCUUCAUUAUAAUUUUUCUGAAAGGUAGGCAAAUAAAAAUGCACCACCUCACUCCAAAAGUUUACCGCGCUCAGUACCAAGCGGUACUGGACGGUCUCCCGUCCGGUGUCCGCAAAGAAUAAUCUCUCCAUAUAUGUUGGAUGGAGACCAGAAAAUUUCAUUUGUUCUAGAAAAUAUAUUUGUUUCUUUUGAAAAGUUCAGAUGAUAGUUUCUUAAGGCGGAUCUCAUUUUAGUAGUUUUGAUUAUAGCAAAGCUGUUUCAGACUGCACAUUUGGUAAAAAAUAUGUUUUUCGACCCAAAACUUUUUGAAAAGCAAUAAGAAAAAUAUUAUAGCCAUAUCUGAAAAACAGAAUUGUAUGAGAGCUGCUUAAAACAGACCCAUGAAGUUGAGAAUA